UCCUGUGCACUUCAGUUUCGUCUUGCACUUCGAAUAGUAAAAGUAAAAAUAAAUCAUGUCUAAUUCCCGUGCUCCCCUGGUCGUGGUGGCAAUUUUCCUAAUCAUAGAAGUUCACCGAUGCUACAGUAGCCAAUGUCCAUCAGAGAACAAAUUUGAUCCACAUUGUAUCGAUCCCAGCCUGGUGGCCACAUACGAUGAAAUCGUUGACCUGCCUAAGCAUCCCGAAAAGUUGCUGAUCGAUGUCCGUCGACCAGAGGAGCUGACCGGCACGGGUACCAUCCCAACCAGUAUCAAUAUUCCACUGAACGUCGUAGAACAGGAGCUGAAGCUUGACGCGAGCCAGUUCGAAGAAAAGUACGGCCGCCCGAAGCCAAGUCAAGACAGUCCCAUAAUCUUUAGCUGCCGAUCCGGAAGUCGGGCCGGAAGUGCUGCAAACAUUGCCGAUAAACUUGGAUUCAAAAAUGUCAAGAGCUAUGUUGGCUCUUGGUUGGACUACGCCAAGAGAAAUAAUCUCAAGUUGGAACCAACGGAUAACUAAUUCUAUUGAUAUAACAGUUUUCAUUUGUUUGUGCUUGCUGAAAACGCAAUAAACCAGAUGCUAGAUUUCGGAGAAAAGCUUUCCGUGAA